GCGAUGACAACAACAACAAAAUGGAAGCGCCCAGGGUAGAACCUUUGACCAAAUUUGUAGAGAAUAUAUGUGUCAUUUGUGGGUUUGUGUUUGUACAAAAAGAAACAAAAAGCGACGGGUUUGUAAUAACUAAUAAAUUUCUUCAUCGAAAAUUGAAAUUGACCACAGAACGUUUUUGCGAGAUAGAAAAAGUAGUUGGAAAUUUGCAAAGGAAAAAGAAAGAUGAUAACGGUGUCUGUAUAAAUUGUUAUAGAGCAGUCGAAAGAGUGUUGCGAUUAGAAAAGGAAGCAAAAAAGACAAGGGCUCGAUUAUUAAAAUUGAUAGAAACGGUUGAGCAAUCAGGUAAACAAAGUGACACUGAACGUUUACCGGGGAACACCACAAACCGAGUAGGAGCAAAUAGCGGUUGUAAUGUAACAUGUAACAAGGCUAUUCCAUUUAAUGAACAUAAUCACUUAGCAAAGUAUGUACUCAUUGCUGUAAAACCCUCUACAGUUAACAAUUGUGAUCAAAAUGUAUCAAAACAAGCUGAUAGUACAGAAACGGUUAGUCGCUUACUGGGGUUUGAACAAGAUGAUAAUAUUAAUACAGAGACUUUUGGUCGCUCACUGGGACUUGAACAAGCUGAUAAUACAGAGACUUUUGGUCGCUCACUGGGACUUGAACAAGCUGAUAAUACAGAGACUUUUGUUCGCUCACUGGGACUUGAACAAGCUGAAAAUGUAGACAAUGUUGUUUGCUCACUGGGACAUGUUGGACGUGAACAAGCUGAUAAUAUAGUUAAUAGUGGUUGCUCACUGGGACUUGAACAAGAUGAUAAUAUACAGACUGUUGGUCACUCACUGAAACUUGAUCAACAAGCUGAUAAUACAGACAAUGUUGGUCGCUCGAUUGGACUUGAACAAGCUGAUAUGUAUACAGAGACGGUUAGUUGCUCACUGGGAAUUAAACAAGCUGAUACCUGUAGUUCCGAGACCGUUGGUUGUUCCCUGGGACUUGAACAAGCUGAUACGUGUAGUUCAGAGACCGUUGGUUGUUCCCUGGGACCUAGAAGUGGUUCUGAUGACAGUAAUCAGACAUUUAUUCCUGAAAGCAGAAAAAGAAAAAGAAAAGUGGACAUCAGACCGAAUAAUACAAGGACCAACAGAAACAAAGAUAAAAAGGUCAAAUCUGUCCCUGCAAAGAAUUUAACCAAUCAAGAUUCAAAUCAAGAUGUCACAUGUUCUCAAGACACAGUUGAUGAUGAUGAUGAUAGUAACCCGACUAUGUACCUAGUAAAGACUAGACUGCCCAAAGGUGCUGAUGAAAUCCCCAAAAAUAAUUACCAAUUUGUUAGAUCAGAUUUUGAGCACAACUAUACCAAGAAUGCUAAAGUAUUACCCUGGGUCCAAGGAAAGCAGUUUGUUUGUCCGUAUUGCUGUACUGAUAAAACGGGAAGAUCAUUUGAUACAGAAUAUGAGCUCAAUAUGCACAAAAUAACUCAUACUGGUACGAUGCCUCAGAUUUGUCAAUCAUGCUGGAAAUGCUUUGGAACAAAGGAAGAAUUAUUUAAACAUAACUUUAUGGUACAUAAUGAUUUAUAUCGAAAGCAAAUAGAAGCACAAAAAAAUAAAUAUUAUCGCAAAAUCAUUCCUGUUGAGGAGGGAACAAGUUUACAAGCAAUCCUUUCUAUGGAUAAGUUCAAGGAAUCACAAACACAGAAUAAACUUCAGGUAUUUUCUGGCGAUCGUGAAACAAUAGAAAUUCAUAUUAAUGAAGAAUCUGCAAGCUCUUCCAAAAUUAAUCCUUUGAUCCAAGAUGCAGUAGAUCUCAUUGAUAAAUCACCAGCACAACUAGAAACAGUGAAUCCUUCUUUUGAUAAAGAUGCGUCAGAAAAUUAUAUAAAGAUAGAACCUGAAUCACCAACAAGUUAUCCUUUGAAUCAAAAUGCAGUACACAAUAACGAAGGACAACAAAGACCCAUUGAGGAUUUUUCUUGUAAUUAUAAUGCAAUAGAAUCUCAAGUUGAGGAAACAUCUGGAUUACCCACAAUGCAUCCUUUGAACCAAGAUGCAGUACACAAUCGUGAAGGAUAUGAAGCAUAUAAACUUUCAUAUGAUUAUAAGUUGAUAGAACCUCAAUCUCCCACAUCUCGAAAUUUGCAUGAACAUGGAAAACAUAAUAAUGACGUAUUGAAAAAACACUUUAAAAUGCAGAAACUUUCAAAUCCUAAUUCAAUAGAGUUUUGUAUUAAGAAAAAACCUGAAUCAUUCAAAAUUUAUCCUAUAAAAUUGGUUGCAGUUCAUCCAAGUGGCAAUGAUAAAUUACAAACUGAAUUAGAAACAAAGGAAUUGUCUAGUCGUUAUAAUAGGAUAGAAACUCAAAUUGAGGAAGCACCUGAAAUACACUCAGUUCAUCCUUUAAAACAAGAUGCAGAACACAAUAAUGAAGGACAAAAAUCACCAGGAGAAACACAGAAAAGAUCUGAAUUAAAUACAGUUUAUCCCGUGGAAUUAGUUGCAGUACAUACCAAUGAUGGAUUACCAUCCGUUCAUCCUUUAAAUCAAGAUGCAGUACACAUGAAAGAGGGAUUUCAGACACACCUAGAAACACAGAAAGUCGUGUCUGAUCAUGAUACAAUUGAAGUGCACAUUAAGGAAGAACCUGCUUGGCCUAAAGUGCACAUUAAGGAAGAACCUGCUUGGCCUGAAGUUCAUGUGAUAGACCAAAAUGCAGUACAUAUCAAUGAAGGAUUAAAAAAUCACCAAGAAAUAAAAAACCUUUCUUGUGUUCCUAAUACAUGUAAUAAGAAAGAAUCUGUAACUAUGGAAGAAACUGAAUUACCCACAAUGCAUUCUUCGCAAGGAGAUGCAAUGUACAAUCACGACAGAAUACAAAAACACCUAGAGCCGCAUAAACUCUCUUUAAAUCAUAAUCAGGAUAAUACAAUUGGAUUUUGUAUAAAGGAAGAACCUGAAUUACCCACAAUUCAUCCUUUGGAACAGGAUGCAGAAGCUAUUCCGGAAGCAUCACAAUUACAGGCUCAAGCUAGUGCAACUAUUUUUGAACAGUUGCAAAAGGAACCAUUGAUUUCACACAUGGACUGUUUAUCACAAACAGAAGACAGUAACCAUGGUAACUUACACAUCUGUUCAAUAUGUAACAAAGAGUUCAAAAGUUUAAAAGGCCUGCAGUGGCAUCUUUGCAAAAAGACCUAUACAUGUGAAAUAUGCAAUGCAGAAUUUGUAGCUGAUUUUCUUUUACAAAAACACAUAGAAAAACAACAUAGAAAUCAAAAUAUAUUUUUGUGUGGUAUAUGUAAAGCUCCCUUUGAUGCUAAAAUUGAUAGAGAAAACCAUGCAAAAUUGGUGCACGGAAAAAGAAAAAAAUUUCACUGCAAAAUGUGUUCGAUUGAUUUUCCCAACAAAUACAGUCGGAAGAAGCAUAAUAGGUUGAUUCAUACAGGGCAAAUUUUUUUUUGUAACCUUUGCGAAAAAAAUUUGGCGACAAAAAGUUCUCUAGAGAGACACAAUGCUGAAACGCAUUCGGGGCUUGCGAAAAAAAAUUUUGCAUGUGAAAUAUGUCACAAGACUUUUUUGCGCAAAAGUGGCCUUGUUAGGCAUAUGGCAACUCAUAAAAAGACAAAGUCAUUCACUUGUUCAACAUGCUCUGAAACAUUUGAUUGUGAGAAUGAUUUGUGGGAACAUUACAAAUUAUGCAAGAAAGAUGUUUUUCAGGAAUCAAGUUAAUGUUAUAUUUAAUAAAACCUAUAUGUCAUUGG